CACAUGAUAUUACUUUAUUGAGAAUGAACUUAAAAAAAUGCCAAAAAUUAACUUAAACAUUUCAAUGUAUUGAUACAUAAGAAAAUAAGCUAAACAAAAAUCACCUGAAAUACUAAAGUAAAUUCACUAAAUAAUCUUUUUUAUUUAGAACAAAAUGCAUAAAAUAUUUCAGGAGUUUCGAGAAAGAUAAAAAAGUUUUAAAAUUUGGGAAAAGCAUAGGUGUGGAGGCAGGGGAAUGAAAUUCAAAAUUAAUGGCGAUGGAAUUUGAAACGCAAAGGGAAUUAGGGUUUCCUUUCUGGAAGCCAAUUCGUCGACGUUUUGGUCCUGAUGAUCCCUUCUUCGCUUAUGGCAACAUUCAACGAGAGCUUCUCGCUAAGCAGAUUGCAUUGGAUUUGACCGAAGAAGAGAAGCAGCUUGUUCAAAAUAUCAUCACAGAUGAGGAAAUCAGCAAUCUCUUCUGUCCAAUCAUUGGUUGUGGUGCACGGAUGAAAUCUCUCGAUGACUUUGAAGACCACUAUGCUACGCGACAUACUGCAUCUUGCUCUGUCUGCUCUCGAGUUUACCCAACAUCACGCCUGCUCAGCAUACAUGUGUCAGAGGCUCAUGAUUCCUUUUUUCAGGCAAAAGCUGCUCGUGGCUUUCCCAUGUAUGAGUGCCUGGUGGAAGGCUGUGGUGUCAAGUUGAAGAGCUACAAAAGCAGGCAGCAACAUCUAGUUGACAAGCAUAAAUUUUCAGCUUCUUAUGAGUUCUUCAGAAAAGCUCGUCCAUCAAAGAAACAGAGGCAGAAAUUGCAGUAUAAACAAGCAUCGUAUCAGACUCAAGAGACGUCAAGUGCAAUGCAAGUCGAGGAAGAAAGGAUAGAUAAUCUUGUUUCAGCAGUAUCGAAAUUAACCACUGCAGACUCUCCUUCAGCAAUCAGCUUUGGCCGUAGUAGGACUCGUGGAUUAUCAUUUGUGCCUCGUGCUGUUAAUCGACAGAGAGGAUCAGUCACCUCAACUGGUGGAACAAAAAAGUAGUGGCAUGCCAAUGGAAUCUUGAAGCGCCUGAAAAUGUCAGGCUCAUGUUAUGAAAGAUAUGAUUUGAAGCUGAUUUUGGAGCUUUUGACUGCCACUGACAUUGGCUACAAGCCUACAACACAAUGUAAUGAUGGUUUCAACAUGUUAACCACUGCUCUGAAUUCAUUGUAUUUCCCUCUUCAGAGGCUAUCUCAUCACUAGUGGCUGCAAGAAAGAGGAACUUAAUUUUUUUUUUUUCAAUCAUUGCUCAAACUUCUUUAGUCCAUCAAAUCAAAGUAAAGGUUGUGUCUUUCA